AUGGCUAAAAGCCUGAAGAUGACGGAGCUGCAGCUUGAAGCAUUCCUCCAAAUUCGACGAUCAGAGGAAAAGAAGCUGCUAGAUCAAUUUAAAAAAGAAGAACGGGAUACAUUUAAAGAUGAUGAUAGCUUAAAUGCACCCGAUCUCGCCAACUCAAUCGGAGUCAAUGGAAACUCGAAAGGAAGUGCAGAGGGUGACGGGCUGUCCCAAUAUGGUUCUCCUUCUAUGCACUCUGGACACAUUCCCAAUUCUUCCUUCGAGGGAUUUCAUGGAGAUCCAUUCCAACGGAAUGGUUACCACGGUCCACCACAGCCAGACGGCAGCAAUGGAAAGAACUUAGCUCCACCGGAUGUGCCGGAUUGUACAAAGGAAUGGCAUCAUACAGUUACCGAAAAUCUCCGAAACCAUUUGGUUGGAAAGUUGGUCAAAGCGAUAUUCCCAGAGCCUUAUCUAAGAGCAUUGAGUGACAAUGAACUGAAGGACUUGAUCGCUUAUGCCAGGACGGUUGAAAAGGAGAUUUUUGAAUCGGCAAACGACCGUGAACAAUACUAUCAUUUACUGGCAGAGACGAUUUAUAAAAUCCAAAAAGAACUCCAGGAGUCUCGACUGUCGACUCAAGGAGCAGCUCCUCAUGAGAAACUUGAGAAAAUGGAUGAGAAUGUUGACUCGAUGAGCUCUAGACCAACCACCGCAGCCGGCUGUGGUGGAGGAUCAAGCAUGCUAAAGGAAGAAGAUCCAAUGGGUGAGACCUCGAACCAAGCUCCAGAAUCUGUGAAGGAUGUCAAGUCUUCAGAGAAGCCAUCUGUUUUGAAGAAUUACUGUAAGGAAACAGCUACCGAUUCAAACUCCAGGGAUACAUUAAAUGUUGAUGGCUUUGUCUUUCACGAAAAUAUGAUCUCCCUGCUCGCCCGUUUGACUGCUGGAAAUGGGAAUCAGAAUUCUGAAAUCAGGGAAAAACGAACGGUAUACUUCUCUUCUCUCCAAUCACAAGCUCUGGAGCAUCAAUUCACCAUCAACAAACACCUCACUCCUGCAAUUCAGGCGGAACUAGCUAGAAUUACAAAUUUGACGGAGGAACAGGUGAAAAUUUGGUUUCAAGAUCGACGAUACAGACAGAAACGGGAGGAGAAUAAUGAACAUGCUAAAAAGGCUCGUUUUGUGAAGUUUCACUGUAAGGAAACGAAUGCUGACAACUUUUGGAAAGAAACGACUUUUGGAAUCUCAAAAUCACGCUCUGACGCCAGCGAGCUUUCAAGAUCGUUUGAAGCUAGCAAGCUUCCUGAGGGAUUCUCUCGUCAACAGGUUGACGCUCUGGAGCGAAACUUCAUUCUCAUCCAAUUCCGCCACGUUUCCACCGGAAACGACUGGCUGAGAGCAUUGGUCAAAACCUGGUUCAAAAACCGACGUCGUGAGGAAGAGGACAAGGAGGAUGAGAGUGAUUCUGAUUGUGGUUAUGGUUUGAUGGAAAAACAACCAAAUGUCGAAAAAGAGAAGCAGGGCUGGUACAAGGUAGCUCGAGAGAUCAGCGAUUUCUGUAAAAUGAUGGUACCGGUGGCCCUUUUGAUCUUCUUGGUUUGUAUGAUUUUCUUCAUGCUGACAGCUUUGUUCAAGUAG